GCGGCGGCGGCGGCGGCGUCUGGGGCCCUCCCGGCGGGUCCCCGCGCGCCCUGCCCGGCCCCGGCGCGCUGCGGCUGCGGGAGCGGGGUGCAUGGACGCGGCGGCUGCGCUUGAGGAGGCGGCGGCUGCCCCAUGGAGUGUUACUACAUUGUCAUCAGCUCCACGCGUCUCAGCAACGGACACUUUCGCAACAUCAAGGGAGUUUUCCGGGGCCCUCUCAGCAAGAACGGGAACAAAACUCUGGACUACGCUGAGAAGGAGAAUACUAUCGCAAAAGCUCUGGAAGAUCUGAAGGCCAAUUUUUACUGCGAACUCUGUGACAAACAGUAUUAUAAACAUCAGGAAUUUGACAACCACAUUAAUUCAUAUGACCAUGCUCACAAGCAGAGGCUCAAAGAACUGAAACAAAGGGAGUUUGCUCGAAAUGUAGCAUCUAAGUCCAGGAAAGAUGAAAGAAAACAGGAAAAGGCCCUGCAACGCCUGCACAAGCUGGCUGAGCUAAGGAAGGAAACAGCAUGUGCUCCUGGAAGUGGCCCCAUGUUCAAAUCAACAACUGUUACUGUGAGAGAAAACUGUAAUGAAAUUUCUCCAAGUGUUGUUGUGGAUUCAGUAAAUAACCAGCAAGAUUCCAAAUACGCUUUCAUUCAUAGUGAAGAGAAUACGAAAGACGUUGUUGCUGCAGACCCAGAAAACACAAAUAAUUAUACAGAAAAAAAUAACCAAGUCAGGGAUCAGGCCCAGGGAAUUCACAGACACAAAAUUGGCUUUUCUUUUGCAUUUCCAAAGAAAGCAUCCUUGAAGCUGGAGUCCUCAGCUGCAGCAUUCUCCGAAUACAAUGAUGAUGCCUCUGUGGAAAAGGAACUUAGCAGAAAAAGUAGGUUCCUCCCUGGCGCUUGUCACCUUCACCUGUCUUCACCAGCUGAUGUGCUUUUGAGUUCUGAGGAGAAAGCUGAUGCCUUCCUUCCAAUGGAGGCAAUGUGUAUUGACAAAGAAACUGCUCAAACUCCAGAAAUGAGAGAGAUCACGAGUGAAAAAGAUUCACUCCUAUUACCUUCAUUUUGCCAACUUCAGCUCCCUUUAUCUUCGGAUGCAGAUAAUUGCCAAAAGUUAGUCCCAUUAGCAGAUCAAAUACCAUUGGAAGACGUUGUUUUUAUGAAAGAAGACAAACCUGUGAAUUGUAUUAAUUCUGAGUCUUUAGGACACAAAUCCACAACUCUCGAUCUGUCUAAUGAUUGUAUGGCUGUGCAACCUCCCACAGAGGAAAACAUUAAGGAUAAUGAUGUAUCUACAAAUGAGGUUGAAAAUAAAAAUGGUCCUGAGACACUGACCUCUUCAAAUACUAAAGAGGAUAACCCAAAUGUACAUAAAAAAACAGAUUUCCAAAAAAGACAAUGUGAUCCGUUUGUACCUGUACUUAACAAACAUGGAUCGACCAUUCUUCAGUGGCCAUCAGAAAUGCUGGUCUACACAACUACAGAACCAUCAAUUUCCUAUAGCUGUAACCCUCUCUGUUUUGACUUCAAGUCCACUAGACUAAAUAAUAAUAUAUAUAAAAAUAAGAUGCCCUUAAAUCAUCCUGAUUCUGAGGAGAAGGGAGAAGAUGUCUGUAAGACAUCAAUUUCAGAUUACAAGAACCUUUCUAUUGUAGAAGUCACUGAUUGUGAAAUUAGAGGUAGCAGAAAUGAGUGCACCCAAGUCACUCCUCUUUUGGCUGAUGAUAUUCUCUCUACUAGUUGUGAAUCUGGAAAAAACGAGAAUAUGGGUCAGAAAUAUAAAAAUAUUUCCUGUAGGGUAAGGAAAACAGGAAAGUAUCAUUAUACUAAAAAUCCAAUGAAACAUGACAAUCUAGAUAAGAAAUGCAAUAAAAUAAAGUUGAAAGAUAAUCAACACUGGUUCCAUAAAAGCAGAAGAAAGAAAAAGAGAAGAAAAUUAUGUCAACAUCAUCACAGAGGGAAAAUCAGUGAAACAGGGACUCACCACAAAAUGGAAACAGAGAAUAGUUGUAGUGAUACAACUAGGAAAAAUCCACUGGAACCAAUUUCAGAAAAACACAAUUUAGCUGCAGAGCAAUUACUUGAUUCACAUCAGUUACCUGACAAAAGGCCUGUAUCAGCAUCCGUAUACUUAAAUGAAAAUGAAGAAAUGUCUAAAAUAUGGAACAGUGAAUCCAAUGAUGAUGAAUCUAUCAGCUCCAGGAAACACUGCAAAAAGAACACAAUAGUUCCAAAUGGACAAUCGAAUCCAAAAAUAAUACAUCCUGGGAAACAAAAUUUAACAUAUUCCAGAACUUAUUGUUGUUGGAAAGCUAAAAGGUCAAACUAUAGACAGGAUGAGCAAUGUUUGGUUCUUCAAAAUGACAUGAAAGGCACGAGUCCGAAUCAGGCUGUUAAAAGAGGUUACAAUUCUGUCACGAAUGAAUCAGAAAGAGUCUAUCGAAAACGUAGGCAACAUUCAUAUUCUUAUUCCUCAGAUGAAAGUUUAAAUCAACAAAGUUGUUUGCCAGAAGAAUUUCUGAGGCCCCCAAGUUCUUCAGUUACUUCCUGUAAGCCUAAGAAGAAACGGAGGAGAAAAAGAAGCAAAGUCCACACUGGAUUUGAAACUUUGGAAAUCAAAGAAAAUACAGACUUUCUCAUGAAAGAAAAUUCUUCACUAUGUCACCUGGAUGGGGUAGCAAGUGAAGACAUGGAAAAAGAAAUAAAACCACAAGAAGAUGCACAUACUGAAAGGAACUCAGAACAAACGAACCAAGUAACUAACCAACUAGCUUUGCACACUAGCAGUGGCCUUCAUCCUGAAACCAGUGGUGUUGCUGAGCACUCGGUAAUGGAGACCACAACAGGUGGUUUGUCAGAUGUUACUAAGGACCCCACUGCAUCUAUCUAUGUCUCUAGUGCCCCAACAAAAGAAGCAUUCGACAAUACCUUGCUUGGUCACAAAGAAGAAAGUGAGACUGUAAAUAUUAAUGAGAAGCAAAUUCCUUUCAAGGUGCCUAAUAUUGAAAAGAACUUUAGACAGUCGCAGUCUAAGUCAUACCUUUGCCGUUAUGAACUGGCUGAGGCCCUUCCACAAGGAAAGGGGAAUGAGGCAUCCCCUGAGUGGCUUCAUUAUAAUUCAGGAAUCCUUAACACACAACCACCAUUACCAUUCAAAGAAGCACAUGUCAGCGGUCAUACCUUUGUAACAACUGAGCAAAUCUGGACUCCGAUAGCUUUACCAGAACAAGCACUGUUGAUCCCAAUAGAAAACCAUGACAAAUUCAAAAGUCUACCAUGUGAGGUCUACCAGCACAUUAUACAGCCGAACGUGUUGACCAACAAGGUCAAGCUUACCUUUCCUCCAGCUGCCCGCCCACCCCCUGGCGCACCUCUGCAGCCUUUGCCUUUGCAGCAGCCCCUAUGUUCUACCUCCGUAACCACGAUCCAUCACACUGUUUUGCAGCAGCAUGCUGCAGCAGCUGCAGCCGCAGCCGCAGCCGCAGCUGCGGGGACCUUCAAAGUGCUUCAGCCACACCAACAGUUUCUUUCCCAAGUCCCAGCUCUCCCCAGAACAUCAUUACCUCAGAUCUCAGUAGGACCAGUAGGACACAGGCUUUGUCCUGGUACUCAGCCGACUUUUGUUGCUCCUCCUCAGAUGCCAAUCAUCCCAGCUUCUGUUCUUCAUCCGAGCCAUCUGGCCUUCCCACCUCUACCCCAUGCUCUCUUCCCUUCACUGCUUUCCCCACACCCUACUGUCAUUCCUCUGCAACCCCUCUUCUAGUCAUAUCCAUAAAAUAGAAAGAAAACACCCAUGUGAAAACUGUUACUAUAGCAUAAAUGUUCAUAUAAAUGGAUAAUUGGCUGUUCAACUGGUUGAAACAAAAUGGCCAAUGUAUGGCUUCAUUGAUUUGAAAUCAUUUACUGUAAGUGUAAUGAUGCAAAUAAUUUCUUAAGUUUCUGAUAUAUAUAUAAUAUUAAAGUAAAGCACUGAAUAGUUUAAAAAUCAAUACAAUAUAUGCUGUAUAUUAAAAUGAUGUCUUAAGAAUAUGUAUAAUGUACAUAAAAUAUAUUUAUAGUACUGUAAUUUAUGUUGUAAAGUAUGCUCUUUGUUUUUUUUUAAUCUUUGUGUAUUUGCACCAAUUUACUGUUUAGACAAAGCUGAUGCACUAUGUUUUGUACCUUGGUCCUUGAAACUGUAAAUUCAGUGAAAUAUAUCUCUUGCAAUAAAUUUUUGUUAACUAUUUAAGUAAAUCAAACUUCCGUUUCUAGGUGGUUUUCGCAGUUUUAGGAAUGUGUAGUAAUGGUAGGUAUCUUAUAUAUAUUGUUUUUUUUCUGUCCAGUGGCAUUUUGGAACCUCUAAGGCACAACAAUAUCUUUGGAACUCUAUCAAUAUUUAGAUAAUGUUAUCUUUCAGAAAAAGUAUAACAAAGUGUAACAAAGGCUCUACUUGCUUUUCUGUUUAUUCUAAUAUUGUUUAUAUUCAGAGUUUACAUAUUUCUGAUCCUCUUAUUAGACAGUAAGCCAUGGAAGUUCACAUUCACACUCAAGUAAUGUUAAGUGUGGAGAGAUAAUAUCUCAAAAAUAUGCCAAGUAUGUAGUGUUUCUGGAGUAACUCUAAAUUAGUAUUAGUAGACAAAAAAUUGCAAACAGUCACUGUAAGUGCUUACAACAUUUU